GCAAUGUCAAUAAGUCACUGGUCACUGUGAUUAAGGUUAGAGAAUACUUGAUACUUAUGAUAUCAAUAGUUUACUGAUUAGAAUUUUUCUAAAUAGGCUACAAUCACUUGCUAAUGAAGCUGCAUUGUAUAAGACUUAACCAAGUGCUUGACAUUUUUUUUGUAUAUUAUUUUAUCUAGUAAGAUACCUGAAAAGUGACCAUUACUUCAAGUGCAAAAGUAAUUAUUUAAUUUUUGUUUUUCUCCAAAAAUUUAUUUAACAAUAUCAGUGAUGACGAAAACAGCAUUGAUUGUUGUGACAAGGCCACAUGCAGUCUUACAAUAUCUCCCAAAAAUUAAAAAUUGUAUAAAAAACAAUCUUUACAUAUUCUUGCUUCCUGAGAACAAGUUGGCAAUGACAAGUAACCAAACUAGAAAACUAGGCAGUGGAGCAAGAUUUGCACCUUCAAUCAUCCAGCUCUAUAAAGAUACCUUACAAUUUAAUUUAGAUGUACGGAUUCUCCUUUCUGGUCUCCGUGAAUCAUUAGUUCCUAAAAUUGCUACAAGCAAACGUGUUGAAGUGGUUUAUAUGGACUCAAAUUUAAACAAAGACAAACAAGGUUUACUCUCAACGCUUAUAACAAACAAAUCCUUGGACUGUGAUUUCAUUACUACAAGUGAGAUGGAGGAUGAUAGUAAUAGACAGAAUUACCAAACAACUGAAUCAUUGAAAGUUUAUAAUAAUGUUGUUCUUGGAGGAACUUUUGAUAGACUCCAUACAGGUCAUAAAAUCCUUCUUAGUGAGGCAGUUCUACAUUGCCAAAAGAAAAUAACAGUUGGUGUUACAGACUCAGAGAUGCUCAAAACAAAAAAACUAUGGGAACUGAUAGAGCCCACCGAAGUGAGGAUUAAAAAUGUGCGUGAGUUCCUGCAAGAGAUUGAACCACGAUUAGAAUAUGAAGUUGUGUCCAUCAGCGAUAUGUAUGGACCAACCAAGGAUGAUCCCACCUUCGAGAUGAUAGUGGUGAGUGCUGAGACUGUGCGUGGAAGUGCAAAGGUGAACGAAGUGCGCGUGCAGAAUGGUCUGAACCAGUUAGAAGUGCACAGUGUUCCUCUUCUGCCUGAAAACCACAAAGAUGAUGAAAUUGAAGAAGAUAAAGUCAGUUCUGGAAACAACCGGUUGAGGCUUCUUGGCACCAUACUUCAGCCACCGCUGCAAAGGCCAAAUCUAUCUGUGAAGCCUUACAUAAUUGGUCUAACCGGCGGCAUAGCUAGCGGGAAAACUGCUGUGUCAGAAUAUCUACAAACGUUGGGUGCUCAUGUUAUCAAUGCCGAUAAGCUUGGUCAUGAAGUCUAUCAAGUUGGCAAACCUGCUUAUCAGAACAUCCUAACAGAAUUCGGUGAUUCGGUGUGCUGCGAUGAUGGCAGUAUUAACAGGUCUGCCCUGGGAUCAAUUGUUUUUGAAGAUAAGGAUAAAUUAUUAAAAUUGAACUCAAUAGUCUGGCCAGCAAUCAGGGAUCUUCUCAAUGAAAGGAUAAAACACUUUGUGGAGAACCAUGGCACGCAUAAUAUUAUCGUGUUUGAAGCUGCGUUAUUGUUGCAAGCAAAAUGGGAUGAUUGCUGCCAUGAGGUCUGGACUUGUAUUGUUCCACCAGAAGAGGCGAUUGAACGAAUGGCAAAGAGAGAUGGCCUGAGUGAAGAGAGAGCGAGACAACGUCUGGACUCGCAAAUGAGCAACGUGGAGCAAGUGAGAGCGGCCAACGUGGUGUUCUGCACUCUGUGGACGAAGGCCUACACGAGGAAACAGGUCGAUCGCGCCUGGAUCGAGCUCCAACAGCGGCUUCCAUUUACAAACACUGCACAAGAUGACGACCACAACAGCUGACGGUUACAGAUCAUUUGUAAAUAGAUAGAAACAGGGUUGAUAGUAAGGUCACAUAGGCAGUCAACUAUCGUAGAUCUUCGCAGUAAAAUGGGUUAAAAGAAGAAUAAUAGGAGGUGACCAGACGUGCUGUAAAUACACUCACUUCCUGGCAGUAAUAUCAUACAUUAUAUUCAUUUCACUGCGAAAAUCUGCUACAGUUUUUUGUCCGUCUGGCCAUAUCCUAAAGCGGCCUCCAUACAUGCAUUAGGCCAGCCAAAACGUAAUGUUUCAUCGGACAUUUUCGACUGACAGGCGAACAGUGUAACAGUUGAUCUUCAAGAGCACACAAACUACUGCAGACCUUCGUCGGAAGCUGCUGCUACUAACCUUCAGGUUUUCAACUGUACAAUCGUAUCAUACUUGUGGACCGUUUAGUUAUUGGUCAGCUUAAUUGACCUCGCAAUAUAAGGUCAAGUCACUUAGUUCCGUGCUGAGUAAUAUGUGACUGUGCGCAGCUUUGGUGUGUAGGGUGUUGUGUCGGAGAAGUGGUGGAAGAAUGUUGAAAGUCCACACAUAGAUUUGUAUCCAUUGUAUUUGUAGCUACACUACUUAGAGACUUGCCAGGAGUGUGGUAAGUAAAAACAGCCCAUGAAAGACAAACUCAAUAACGCCUCGAUUAUCGUGCAGUUCGAUAUUGUGUUUCGGAGCGCGCUCCUUAGUGGCCCGUUAUUGAGCCUAUUAAUGCGUGCCUGGGGCCGUUUAAAUGUAACCGAAGUGGAAAUGACCCAUAAAAGAUGGAAAAUCCUAUAUAAAAGCACACUGAGAGCAGGUUCUUUUCAUCACAAUGUUGUUUGGUGUUAUUGGAAAGAGUCAAUUAAUAUGUAAAAAUUUCUCAUUAAUAUUUUAAUUCCGUCUGUGCCAAGUCAGGGUAAUUCUUAACAAGCACUUACAUAAGUGCGGGACACUAACCUGGAAUUUUAAUUCACUAUCAAUAGGAUCUCUGGGUUUUUCAAGACUAAUCUGCAUAUUCCCUAUACUGCAUAUAAGUACUCAUUGAAAAGUAAUAAAGCAACCCGUUCCAGAUUCGACAUUGAUCCUCACCACGUUCACAACGCCGUUAACUAGAAAAAAAGUUCCAAAUAUGGAAUGAUGUGAGUACUAGCUACAAUCCGUUAAGAUCCUUUUCUCACAAAGACAACUUUAUAAAUGAACAUUUCUGAUAGUAACUACAAAGUUGUCAUCAUUAAAAAAAAAAAAAAACUAAGAAUUUGCAUAGUUACUUGUGUGCCAUGCUUAGUCGAGUGGGUACCAAUAAUUAAUAUUAAACACUAUUUGGAGGUUUUUGUUCUAUAGCUACUAGUAGUCUAUGGGAGGAACUCUUCGCAAUGGACAUAAAUAAAAAUUUCACUUGUGAUUUGGGACCGUUUGAUUGGUAAUUUGCUAGUCAACUCUCCACGUACUAAAUUUUGCAUGUAUAAAAUGUAUCGUAGCUAUUAAUCCGCAUUGUAUUGUAUUUGAGGGAAACAACAUUUUUUGUAAAUUUAAGAGAACCAUAACGUUCAAAUUUUCUCAAGAAAUGUAUAGCAUUAGGGGUAGAAUGCCAUAAUAUUGAUGUAAUGUUCAAUAUAUUGCACUGUGAAUUCGUUGUUAGUAUUUUCAAAUUUUUAUACAUUAUGUUGAAAAAUAUAAAUGGUUUAUUGGA